AGCAAUGUCGAGUAAUUUGGAAGAGCCGCUUGGUUUCGACAAGUUGCCUAGCAUGAACACCAUUGACCGAAUUCAAAGUUUCUCCUCUAGUGCUUGCCGGCCCAGGGUUGAUGAUAUGGGAAUGGGAUAUUGCUGGAUUGAGGGAAGGGGUUGCAGCUCAUCCAACAGUUGUGAAGUUUGGAAGGAAGAAGAGUUCUUGAAAGGUACACUAAAAUUUGUGAAGAUCGUGGAAGUUGGUCCAAGGGAUGGUCUGAAAAAUGAGAAAAAUAUUGUGCCUACAGAUGUAAAGGUUGAAUUGAUUCAUAGACUAGUAUCUUCUGGGUUGCCAGUUGUUGAGGCCACAAGUUUUGUUUCACCCAAAUGGGUACCUCAGGGCUCAGAUAUUCUCUUGAUUUCCUUUUCCUUCUGUGAUGCUAGUGGAGCUUCUUGUGGAGAAUCCCCCUUGCAAAUGAUAUUGCUCCUCUGGGCUUUUGUUCCCAUGCUUGAAGCUGUAAUGGCUGUUGUUCCUGUCGAGAAGCUUUCCGUCCACUUCCAUGAUACUUAUGGGCAAUCUCUUCCAAAUAUUUAUGUGUCCCUCCAGGUGGGGAUUAGCACAGUGGACUCUUCUAUUGCGGGUUUAGGUGGAUGUCCAUAUGCAAAAGGAGCAUCAGGCAAUGUUGCUACUGAAGAUGUUGUCUACAUGCUUCAUGGACUUGGUGUGAUAAACAACGUGGAUCUGGUGAAACUCCUCUCUGCUGGGGAUUUCAUUUGCAUGCAAUUAGGUUGUCCAUCCGGAUCAAAGACAGCUGUGGCUUUAAGCCAAGUUACAGCCGAUGCCUCUAAGAUAUAAGACGUUUCAGCUAUGCAUGUUUAUACCAGAUAAACUAUUCGGCUGUCUUGUGUGUAUACUUUCUA